UUAUCGAGACCGUGGCUUUUGGGUUCCGUCAUCCCUUCGUUGCUCUCGGAUGUCUGAGGAGAAGGGUAGCAAGCCUGCUGGGAAGAUGGGAGGCGAAGAGAAGCCGAUAGAUGCUGGUGAGGACAAGCGAAAGGAAGGCGGCAAGAAGAAGACUAAAGAAGGCUCUGGGGAUGGAGGCCGAGCAGAGUUGAACCCUUGGCCUGAAUAUAUUAACACGCGUCUUGAGAUGUAUAAUAAACUGAAAGCGGAGCAUGAUUCCAUUCUGGCAGAAAAAGCAGAAAAAAAUAGCAAGCCAAUUAAAGUCACUCUCCCUGAUGGUAAACAGGUUGAUGCGGCAUCUUGGAAAACCACGCCUUACCAUGUUGCUUGUGGAAUUAGUCAAGGCCUGGCUGACAACACUGUUAUUGCUAAAGUGAACAAAGCUGUUUGGGACCUAGACCGCCCUCUGGAAGAAGAUUGUACCUUGGAGCUUCUCAAGUUUGAAGAUGAGGAAGCUCAAGCAGUCUAUUGGCAUUCUAGUGCUCACAUCAUGGGUGAAGCCAUGGAACGAGUCUAUGGAGGAUGCUUGUGUUAUGGACCACCCAUAGAAAAUGGGUUCUAUUAUGACAUGUACCUUGAAGAAGGAGGUGUGUCCAGCAAUGAUUUUUCAUCUCUGGAGACUUUAUGUAAGAAAAUUAUUAAGGAAAAGCAAGCUUUUGAAAGAUUGGAAGUUACAAAAGAAACUUUACUAGAAAUGUUUAAGUAUAACAAAUUCAAAUGCCGGAUAUUGAAUGAAAAAGUGACUACUCCAACCACCACUGUCUAUAGGUGUGGCCCUUUGAUAGAUCUCUGCCGCGGUCCUCAUGUCAGACACACUGGCAAAAUUAAGACUUUAAAAAUACACAAAAAUUCCUCCACAUAUUGGGAAGGCAAAGCGGAUAUGGAGACUCUCCAGAGAAUUUAUGGCAUUUCAUUCCCUGAUCCUAAAAUGCUGAAAGAGUGGGAGAAGUUCCAAGAGGAAGCUAGAAACCGAGAUCAUCGGAAGAUUGGGAGGGACCAAGAACUAUAUUUCUUCCAUGAACUCAGCCCUGGAAGUUGCUUUUUCCUGCCAAAGGGAGCCUACAUUUAUAAUACACUUAUUGAAUUUAUCAGGAGUGAAUACAGGAAGCGAGGAUUCCAGGAGGUAGUUACCCCAAACAUUUAUAACAGUCGACUCUGGGUGACCUCCGGCCACUGGCAGCACUAUAGUGAGAACAUGUUCUCCUUUGAGGUGGAGAAGGAACUGUUUGCUCUGAAGCCCAUGAACUGCCCAGGACACUGCCUCAUGUUUGACCACCGACCAAGGUCUUGGAGAGAGCUGCCACUUCGGUUAGCCGACUUUGGGGUGCUUCACAGGAACGAGCUGUCAGGAGCUCUCACCGGACUCACCCGAGUGCGAAGGUUCCAGCAGGACGAUGCUCACAUCUUCUGUGCCAUGGAGCAGAUUGAGGAUGAAAUCAAAGGUUGUUUGGAUUUUCUACGCACCGUGUAUGGUGUAUUUGGAUUUUCUUUUAAACUGAACCUUUCUACUCGCCCAGAAAAAUUCCUUGGAGAUAUUGAAGUAUGGAAUCAAGCUGAGAAACAACUGGAAAACAGCCUAAAUGAAUUCGGUGAAAAGUGGGAGUUGAACCCUGGUGAUGGAGCUUUCUACGGCCCAAAGAUCGACAUACAGAUUAAAGAUGCAAUUGGGCGAUACCACCAGUGUGCAACAAUCCAGCUGGAUUUUCAGUUGCCCAUCAGAUUUAAUCUUACUUUUGUAAGCCAUGAUGGUGAUGAUAAGAAAAGGCCAGUAAUUGUUCAUCGAGCCAUCCUGGGGUCAGUGGAAAGAAUGAUUGCUAUUCUCACGGAGAACUAUGGAGGCAAAUGGCCUCUCUGGCUGUCUCCUCGCCAGGUAAUGGUAGUUCCUGUGGGGCCCACGUGUGAUGAAUAUGCCCAAAAGGUAAGACAGCAAUUCCAUGAUGCGAAAUUCAUGACGGACGUUGAUCUGGAUCCAGGCUGUACGUUGAAUAAGAAGAUCAGAAACGCACAGUUGGCACAGUAUAACUUCAUUCUAGUGGUUGGUGAGAAAGAGAAAAGCAGCGGCACUGUGAACAUCCGCACGAGAGAUAAUAAGGUCCACGGAGAGCGAACUGUCUCGGAAACCAUCACGCGAUUGCAGCAGCUUAUGCAGUCCUGCAGCAAACAGGCAGAGGAGGAAUUCUAAGGAAACACAUUCCCCAGA